AGAAAGGAGGGUGAAGAAGGGAAAAGAAAAGGGAAAAAGAAGAGGAAAAAGAAAGUGGGAAAAGGAAAAUAAUCACCACGAACUCAGAUUUCAAUUUCUACCAGACCCAUCACUGAUGAAUCUUCUGUUUGUUUCUGCAGCCGAAAGAGUAUAGUAGAGAUAACCCCAUUUUGCAAUUUUGUCAAUUAACACUCCAUUGCUUCAGAUUCUCUCCCUUCCAGUACCCGUCUCCAGAAAAAUGGCAGAAAUCGGUUUCUGCUUUGAUUACUGAGCCGAAACUUCCGAGAUCUCUAUCUAUCUCUCUCAUCACUUGCCUCAAUCUGUCGAUUGUGCAAUGAAGAACUCGUUUACAUUUGUCACUUCCAUAACAGUCGCACUCGUUUUCACUCUCCAAAUCCAAGUUCAUGCUACUCCUGCAGGACCAUUGAUAAAACACUUGUCUUCUCUUGUGAAAUGGACCAGGUCUUCUUAUAACAAAGCCCCCCCAUCAGGUGAUGGGAAUGUCUUGCAAUUUGAGAAUGGGUACUUGGUUGAGACAGUGGUGGAGGGAAAUGAGAUUGGAGUUCUCCCACAUAAGAUCCAUGUCUCGAAGGAGGGCGAACUUUUCGUCGUUGAUUCGGUUAAUAGCAAUAUUGUGAAGAUUACCCCUCCAUUAUCCAAAUAUACUAGAGCAAGACUGGUUGCUGGAUCAUUUCAAAGCCACACGGGACAUGUCGAUGGAAAACCAAAUGAUGCUCGUUUUAAUCAUCCAAAAGGUGUAACCAUGGAUGAUAAAGGGAACGUGUAUGUUGCUGAUAUCUCGAAUUUGGCCAUCAGAAAGAUCGGAGAUGCUGGUGUGACGACCAUUGCCGGGGGAAAGUCAAAUGUUGCAGGCUACAGAGAUGGACCCGGCGAAGAUGCCAAGUUCUCGAACGAUUUUGAUGUAAUGUAUAUCCGCCCUACUUGUUCCUUGUUAGUUAUUGAUCGAGGAAAUGCUGCGAUUCGGCAAAUAUCUCUCAAUCAGGAGGACUGUGAAUAUCAAGACAGUUCAAUUUCCAAUAGUGAUGUUCUUAUGAUUGUCGGUGCUGUUUUGGCGGGAUACGCAACAUAUAUGCUUCAACAUGGCUUCGGAACGUCGAACGUGUCUCAGACAUAUUCUCCUUCAGAAACUGAGUUUAAAGAAAAACCAAACAAGGAAGAAUCGAUGCCGGUUAUGGAUGGUAUUAAGGAGGAACCGGGAUGGCCGUCUUUUGGACAGCUUGUCGUUGAUCUGUCCAAACUGGCUCUUGAAUCUGUGGCUAGCAUUUUCCUUUCUGUUGUUUCCACCCGCUUCAGAGCUCGUAACACACGAAAAGGCCUGACCCCAUUGAAAGAUUCUCUCAGGAUGCCCGAAGACGAACCCAAACCCAAACGGCCAUCUGUUCAAAUGCAAAGAACUCCUGUCCCUCUGACUGAAACGAGACAAUCUCAAUCUAAUAUAGCCAAUGCAAGUGUUAACUUUCCUGAAGUGAUGAAGCCUCCAAAGCUCAAAUCAAGUAGUUUCAAAGAUCCCUCACUGCAAAGCAAGCACCGAUCCUCAAAACGUCAAGAAUAUGCCGAUUUUUACGGUUCAGGUGAGAUGCCUCCUCCUUAUAGCAGGUCCAAGAGCCAAAAGGAAAGACCACGACACCGCCAGCGCGAGAAAAGUGCAGAGAUCAGUUACGGAGCUGUAGGAUCCGAGCCGAGGCCUGUGGAGAUGAAGCCAGUCGAUUACGACAAUUCAAAGUAUGAACACUACAAUAUCAGGAAUCAGUACGGAUCAAAUACUUCUUUUGGAUUCUAAUUACCAGGAAUCUUUCAACUCCUCUCCAGUCCGCAUGAUUUCGACCCUGACUUGGACAGGGACUCGCCAUUGCAAGCAACUCAAAAUGAGCUCGGAUAUCGCCAGAUAUCGAUGUAUUAUUCUUUGUUCCUGUAAGAUUUCGUAACUCGAAGUAUUUGUAAGUUCAUCUGUGUUCAACUUAGCUCACACAAGUUAUAGAAUGAUCAUUUUGUUAGGAAGAUAUAUGAGGUAUUCAUAUACAAAUGCUUAUUUAUGUUAAUUUCAUCUGCUUUCAGAAGCCUCAACUUUUCAAAACUCUGGAG